GCCAAGAAAUUUUAAAAUGUGACACGAUCGAUAGUCUCUUUCGACAAUUCUGAGAUAAAAGAAUUGUAACUAUAAGAAAUAAUGCAAUGUUUGUGUUUUAUUAUGUGAUAGCCCGUAUAUCACAGAGCAAGAAGACCCCAGUUGACCAAAGUUAGCAUUAAUCGAUGUCGAUGCAACACGCUCCUCAAAUGUGUCGAUCACAAAAGUCGCUCGCCAAGUAAACAUCUCACAUUACAACAGGAACGUUUUAUUUACGCGAUAAUAAAUACGCGGCCCUUCGCUUUUUCUGCGUUGAUAAGAUGUAUCACUGGUCCAACUAAUUAUCAUUUGCGUCAGAACGGUACUCUUAUUAUCAAUACGGCUGUAAAUAAACAGCGUAGAUUGACACACUUGACUUGCUCGCUGAGACGAGCAACAAGCUUAUGACAUCCCGUGCGAGAUUUAAUUUGAAUAUCGUUUUUUUUCUCGGAGCUUCAAUACCGCGAGUAUCGACUUUGAUAACGCAAAGCGAAUAGGGUAUAAAAGAAUUACAGAGAUAUUUAUAGACAUUAAUACUGACGGAACGUUAACAGUUCAUAUUGAUGAAAACGAUUGAUAUUUUCGAAAUGGGAAAUGAGAACGAAAUUCUUGCCAUGUACAAGCAUAAUUCUGUUACCGAGUGGUUGCAGAAAACAGGACAAGCCAUGGACUAUGUAAAUAAUGGUAGCGAAAGCCCAGUUUUUGGCAUCGAGGGUGGUAGUAGCGCUGCAGGCGCCAGCAAUAACUUGAGACUUGCAUCUCACGAGCUGCCAAAUGAGAUUUCAGCUCCCUAUGAAGUACCUCAAUUCCCGAUCGAACAGAUCGAGAAGAAGCUUCUGAUCCAACGACAAUUGACUGUCAAAGCUGCAAAAGAUCUUGAGGAACGUCGCAGUCAUUAUGAACCGUCUCUUCAUCCAGGAGUUCCUGAUGAUAUUGAUCAUAGUUUCAAAAUCGAAGAAAAUGAUUUCGUGCCUCAUUUUCAACGAGUCUCCAUAUCCGGCGAAGACACUUCCGGAGUACCUCUGGAAGAUCUUCAAAGAGCCUCCAAGAUGCUGGUGCAAGCAUUGGCGAUACGCGAAAAAUACAUGAACAACUCCAAGCAGAGCUUCCCUACUAUUACUUCUAGAUUCUUGCGUAGUAUCGAUAAAAGACCACUCACUACGGAUGAUGAAGUACAUCACGACGAUCGCAAGGCCAUCGAAGGGAAAGCGCUGCUGGAUAUUGCGAAAGAAAUCGGGGGCAGUCAAUCCGACGCGGACAUCGACGCGCUGAUCAAAGACAUCUCUUGGACAGGUCUUCCUAAUCACCCGGUACAUGCGCCUGCUUCUCGCGGCGAUCCUUGGGAAUGUGAAUUUCCACCGACGAAGAAUUACAAGAUCGUACCAGUCAAUGGCGUGUUCAACCUGUUCGCCAAUGAUGAGGACCUGGCCAAUGGCAAACCGCUCCCGUAUUCGUAUCCGGACCUGGCGGCCUUCGUCCAGGACAUGAACCUCCUCUGCGCCAUGAUCGCUGACGGACCCUUGAAAUCUUUCUGUUACCGAAGACUGAGUUAUCUGUCCUCUAAGUAUCAGCUGCAUGUGCUGCUAAACGAACUCAGGGAACUGGCGAGUCAGAAGGCCGUGCCGCAUAGGGACUUCUACAAUAUUAGAAAGGUCGAUACUCAUAUACAUGCGGCUUCGUGUAUGAAUCAAAAGCACCUGCUUAGAUUUAUCAAAAAAACGUUGAAGAAUCACGCUGAUGAAGUAGUUACUUGUUCCAAAAACGACGAAACUAUGACACUCCGCGAAGUCUUUCAAUCCAUGAAUUUGACUACUUACGAUCUAAGCGUCGACAUGUUGGACGUUCAUGCAGACAGAAACACGUUUCACAGAUUUGACAAGUUCAAUGCGAAGUACAAUCCUAUCGGCGAGAGCCGCUUACGUGAGGUUUUCCUCAAAACCGACAACUAUUUGAACGGCACAUAUUUUGCACGAAUAAUCAAGGAGGUCGCAAGCGACCUUGAGGAGUCUAAGUAUCAGAAUGCAGAAUUGCGUCUUUCGAUCUAUGGCAAGAGUCCAGAAGAAUGGGAUAAACUAGCUAAAUGGGCAAUUCAGAGCGACGUCUAUUCAGAUAAUGUGCGCUGGCUUAUACAGAUUCCUAGAUUAUAUGAUAUUUUCAAGCUGAACAAGCUUAUGACAAACUUCCAAGAGAUUAUCAACAAUAUCUUCCUGCCACUUUUUGAAGUGACCAACGAUCCCAAUUCUCAUCCGGAGCUGCAUAAAUUUCUCCAAUAUGUAAUAGGCUUCGAUUCCGUGGAUGAUGAAAGUAAGCCAGAAAAUCCUCUCUUCGAUAAGGAUGUUUGUCCACCUGCAGAAUGGGACGAUAUAGAGAAUCCACCAUACGGAUAUUAUCAAUACUACACUUACGCGAAUAUGACGGUUCUUAAUCACUUUAGAGCAGAACAAGGCUUCAAUACAUUUGUCUUGAGACCUCAUUGCGGUGAAGCAGGACCCGUUCAACAUCUCGUGUGUGGCUAUAUGAUGGCGGAGAACAUUUCGCAUGGUUUACUGCUCAGAAAAGUUCCUGUGCUUCAAUACUUAUAUUACCUAGCGCAAAUCGGCAUCGCGAUGUCGCCGCUCAGUAACAAUUCGCUUUUCCUUAAUUAUCAUCGUAAUCCUCUUCCAGAAUACCUUGCUAGAGGACUAUGUAUAAGCUUGUCUACAGAUGAUCCUCUACAGUUUCACUUUACUAAGGAACCGCUGAUGGAAGAAUAUAGUAUUGCUGCGCAAGUGUGGAAACUCAGUUCGUGUGACAUGUGCGAGCUAGCACGCAAUUCCGUUCUCAUGAGUGGCUUUCCACAUAAAAGUAAGCAGUACUGGUUGGGACCUAACUAUACAAAAGAGGGAGUCGCUGGUAACGAUAUUACUCGAACCAACGUACCAGACAUACGAGUGGCCUAUCGAUAUGAAACCUUAGUUGACGAACUGUCCAAUAUCUUCAAGGUCGUGGAGAAACCUGAGUCACUUCCAUUUUAAUAAUCGAUUAUUUGGAUUUUAUCAAAUCGAUGGAGAUCGAUUGAGGUGAAAUGAUAUUCAAAGAUUGACGAAUUAUGAUUAUUCAUAUGAUUUAUUCUUGUGAUUCCGGCUCUUUUAUCCGGCUAACUACAAAAUAUGUUUUUUGAAACAUUACGAGAAUUCGUAAGGAAAUUAUUUUCUUUUCUUAUAUAAUUACUGAUCUUUUUCUCUUCACACAUCAAGAAUAUAAAUCGAGGCUGAAACUUCGAACAACAUCGAUCAAAUUAUAUGUUAGAUGAAGUACAAUACCAAAUUAUCUAAAAUAUGUAUAUCUUGUAUCACAGAUUUUUCAACGUGAGAAUGUGCUUAAGAUCGAUAUCGCGUGACAAAAGUAUGCAAUUCUACUUUGACUAUAGAUAGAUGAAGGGCCAAAUGCGAUUUCGUGAGGCCAUUACAUUUCUAUAUUAAAUUAUGGAAUCAGUUUUUAAAUUGAUUCCAUAAUUUAUUAUGGAAAUCCGUAUUUGUUGCUUAAACAAAUUAUGAACUUUACGUAUGUAUCGUUCAUCUUUCAUCUUGCACCUUUUUUAAAGACUUCAAUCGCAAGAGUAAAUCAAUCAGAAAUUAUACAUAUACGUUGACCAAUUUAAUAGUAGUUGUUAGAAGAUAUUUCUUCUAUCAUUGCAAGAUUCGUAAUACACUUUAGUAUUGUAAUACAAACUAGGCUAGAAACGAAUAUUACGUUUAUUCACCUUGAUGUUAAGCUCGUGAUAAAAUAACUCCGUUUUUCACAUUUCGGCCGUGUACGGUGAUAACGGUAUAUCUUUCUUGGAUUUUAGUUUUAUUUUCUUACAUUUUUGUACAUUUAUAUCUUAAUGUAUAACGUUUGUUUCGGCGAGCAUUCAGAUAGCUGGCUCGUAUGCGGAUAGUUAACUCGUGCCAUUGUAUACCCUUCUUUCCACAAAUAGAUAGUGUAAAUAGGAAAUUACUUUGAUUAGAUGUAACUAAGAUAUUUUACGAGCUUUACAUGCGUGCCAAGGUAUGAUGCAACGAUAUAAAUAUAUUUCUCGUUAUUUUAACUUCAUGAUUCUUUUUAUCAUUUUUUGCAUCUGCCAUUUUCCGAGAAAACUCUCUGAACAACGAGCCUAAAGGAUUUAAAUUAAGCGAUAUACGAUCAUCUAUAACACUUGAACACUGUGCCCUGAAUAUCGAAUUUAAAUUAAAUUGUUACUAGAUAGAAAGAUAUAUAUUUAUUGUAAAAAAUAUAUAUACUAUAAAACGGAAAUAUAUACUUGCAUCGUUAAAACAGAAA